AUGGCCAACUUGGUCAAGGAGACGGUGAAGAAAGCUGAGUUGAUUUUGGCCGAGGAGCCAGAACCACGGCGCAUUAUUAUGCUCAAAAACCUAAACAAGAAGCUGAUAACGCAACUUGUCGACGUUUCCGGUUUCAAGGAAACGAUCGAACUCAAGGUUGAAGCGUCCGCCGUAUUGAAAGCGGAUAAGGCGAACAGCAUAAAGUUGAUUGAAGAGCACUGCGGAAAGCUGAGAUUCGCAGAGUUGCAGGAAAAGGUGGCGGCGGUGAUCGAGAAGGCGGAGCGGGCGAUCGCGGCCACUCCAAUUCCGGAAGGCGAGGAGACGCCAGAAGGAGAAGAAAGAGGCCAAUCGGAGACGGAGAGCAGUAAUGAGAAUCAGCUCACGAUCGGACAGGCUCAAAGGCGUAGGGUCGGCGAAAGUAACGGAGAGACAGAGGAGUUGAACGCCCAAACCGGUCGUGGCAGGAUCGGGGAUCAGGGUGAUCAGGUCUCGGAGGAAGCCAGGAGAAGAUUGCAGGCGGCGAGAUUGGCUCCAGAGACUCCGGAACCGACCCGGCAGAUGAGCCAACAAAAGUUGAAUGAGAUGCUCAUGCGGGAGAAUGAGAUCCUUCAAGAGCAAUUGUCGGAUGUCCAGGAGAUCCUUCAGGACAGACUGAGAGGCAGAGAGAGAGCCGCAGAGCCGAGCCCGUGGGGGGGGGAAACAGCAGAUCACCGAUUGAACCAUCCGGUGGCGCGCAGAACAUCUCCAUAAGAGACAUGAUCGAGUCAAUCGACAAGUUCUCAGGAGAAGACCCCGAUUUGUACCCCGAAUUCAUAAACCAAUUCGAUGAACAGGUACACCACAACGGGUUCUACACGGCGGCGACGAAGUACUGCAUUCUAAAAAAAUGUCUGACAGGAGAAGCACGGAAGUUGGUGACCACUACAACUUUCACGGAGGAGGACUAUCGGAAGACCAGAGAGCUCUUGGAAGCCACGUACGCGAAAGAUCGUGUACCGAAGCUCAUGAGAAAGUUCAAGGACUUACCGAUAGACCCGAACGAUUAUAUGAGAAUGGACACAGACAUAUCCAGGCACGUGGCAAUAGCCAACCAACUCAAUCAGAACGGGGUUCCGAUGGAUCACCCGCUCAUGAUCGAUGAGUUGAUAAAGAAGUUGCCAGUGGAUAUCAUGAGCCACGUAGUGAAAAGGACGAGAUCGUCAAGAAUGACAUUCCUCCAAGUGAUCAGUGCCAUCCGUGACAAGAUCGUGGAGAAAGGCUACGUGGAACAAGCCCGAGAAGACCACAAACGAAAAAUGGAGUUGGCAGAAAUCUGCGCGGUGGGAGACAACAGAAAGUCAGAGAGCGGCCGAAAAGGGUACGGAAACAGAGAAAGACCUGAGAGUUCGGCGGACAAUCGGAAGAGCGGGUGGAAAAAAAGGGGAAAAGAUGAGAGCAACCCAAAGCCGAAGGGGGAGACGGUGUGCAGAUUCUGCGGAUCAGAUCACUACACCGCCUUCUGCUCCAUGAGCAUGGACGAGAGAAAAAGGUGGUGGAGGAAAAGAAGCUGUGUAGACAUUGCAUCUCGAAAUACCACCCCACCAAAAAAAUGCAAAUACCCCAAGAAGUGCUAUUUGUGCCAGGAGAUGCACAGCAUGUUCUUGUGUCCACUGAGGAGAAAAAUUGGAGCAACCAGAAAAGAACAAGACCCAGUUUUUUUCGUGAAAGCUCCUCCUCCUCCCGCCAAUAAGCGGCUCAGGGCAGGCACGGAAUCGUACAACACGAUUCACGUGCCACAAGCUACCUUGCCCACAGCAACCAUAAGAACAGACAACGCCAAUACUGUUCAAACUAAAAACGGGGGAUCAGGAGAAGAGACUCGAGAAGGAGAGUCGGGAGAACAAAGGGAGAGUAAACUCGUAGAAAUAAUAAUGUGUAGUCAGGAGGACGCGUUAUACCGCCUUCCACAGAUAAAGAUUAACACACCCAAAGGGGAGAGAUUGUUAGCACUCAUUGAUUCGGGGGCGACGAGGUCAUUGGUAUCUGAACGGGCAGCGGAGAGACUGCGACUUCCGAUCUUGCGGUCGGAGGAAAUGAAGGUGAUAGGAAUUAACGGUGCGGAAACUGUAAAGUCCAACAGAGUCCGUCUUCAAUUCAAGGGUGAAAAGGAUUUGGUCUGGACAACCGAAAUCUCAACACACCCGGAGAUCCCGAUCAUCUUUAGAGCACCAGUUUUUUUAGCUCAAAAGAUAUCAAACACCUGAAAAGGAAAAAGGAUUAACCCGUACAGUAUAAUGGGGAUGAGAACAGAAAACGGAGAUCGAAUUGAUCUCAUUCUGGGAGCAAGUUUCAUCGCGAAACUGGCGCCCGAGGCGAAGAGGCAUGUGUUGCCAAGCGGUAGAAUAGUCGAAGAAACCAAGCUCGGAAUAAUAACUCAUCCGACACCAAGUAAUGAGUUUCGGCUAUCUUCCGAAAGAGGAUUGGAAGUAGAAACCAACGAGUAUUAUAAUUCAGUGGUAGUUAACACGUUGGAAGUUGUGGAGUAUCGUCAAGUCUCCGAAGCCCAGAUAUUUGAGGGGAUCUCACGACUGUUUCAGUUGGAGCACGUGGGAAUCCAACCACAAGAACUGGCAGAAAAGGGGAGAGAGAGUGACGAGACACUUCUGGAGAAGUUCAGAGAAAGCGCAACCAUGGUUGACGGCAAAAUACAAGUCGCUCUACCGUUCAACGGGAGAGAAGCGGACUUAACCGACAACUUUCCGGUGUGCAUCCUAAGACUGUCAUCACUUCUGACGGUUCUUCAAAAGGACAAAAGAACAUUGUGGGAGUAUGAUUCAGUGAUAAACUCAGCUCGCGGAGGGGAUAAUAGAGGUGGUCCCGGAGUCAGAGUUACACGCCGAGGGCCUCCAUUAUUACAUGCCGCACCGGCAUGUGAUGAAAGAGGAGUCGUGCACAACCAAACUGAGAAUUGUGCUAGACGCAUCGAGUAGAAUGAGAGGGAGAUUAUCAUUAAACGACUGCUUGCACGCAGGACCCUCACUUCUACUCCCAAUACUUGGUAUAUUGAUGAGAGCCAGAUGUUCGAAAUACUUGUUGAUAGCGGACAUAGCCAAGGCAUUCCAUCAAGUCCCUCUUCGACCGGAGUUCCGGAACGUGGUGAAGUUCCUGUGGGUGAAAGAUCCAGAGGGGUCCACGAACCACGAAAAAUCUCGUGGUCUACCGGUUCACAAAGCUACCCUUCGGAGCUUCAAGCUCACCGUUUAUUUUGGCGGCGACGAUUCUGCUGUAUUUGGAGAUGAACCCGCAUGAAAUAAAUGAGCGAAUCAAAAAGUAACCUGUAUGUGGAUAAUGUCGUAUUGACAACCAAUGAGGAAAGCGAACUCCCGGAGCUGUACUCAGGAUCAAAAAAAGGCGUUUAACAACAUGUCUAUGAACCUGAGAGAAUACAUGACCAAUAGCAAGGGGACUAUGGAAAAAGGUACCAGUGGUGGACCGGGCCCAAGCAGAAGUGAACAAGUUAUUGGGUCACGUGUGGGAUAGUGUGAAUGAUACAAUCACAAUAAAAAAAUUCCUAAACCACCAACUGGCCACCCGACCAAAAGGCAGAUGGCAUCGUUUUUUUAGCGUCCAAUUACGACCCCCAGGGGUUACUCUCGCCUAUAAUCGUGCCGGUCAAGGAGGUUAUACAAAAAGUUGUGGGAGAAAGAGGUGAAAUGGAAACAGAGGAUUCCAAAGCAGCUAUUGAAAGAGUGGGAGGUGAUAAAGGAAUCGUUCACUCAAACGUCAUAUACACUACCGCGACAGUUGGUGGUACAUUAUGAUUACGAGAGCGUCCAACUGCUAGUGUUCAGCGACGCCUCCGAGAGGCAUUUCGCAACGGCAGUGUACGCACACUUCAGGUACAAAGACAGAGAGCCAGUCACAAAACUGGUGAUGUCAAAAUCUAAGGUGAAACCAAAGAACGUGAGCUUGUCGAUCCCGCGAUUGGAGUUGAUGGGAAUGGAGAUAGCAUCCCACGCGUCGCUCACGGCGUACAAGGAGUUGAAAAAUGGAGAAAUUGAAGGGAGUGAAGUUCUUUUUCGGACUCCAUGAUUGCCCUAUAUUGGGUAUUGAAGAAAGAGAAGUUGACAAAGUUCGCUCAUAACAGAGUCGAAAAAAUCCAUCAAAACACUCUGUGGUUGAAGGGGAAGGGUUUCGAUCCAUCAUUCCAUCAUUGCCCAACAGAGUAUAACCCGGCGGAUCUGGCGUCCAGAGGAGUGGUCAUGGAGAAACUGUUCAAUAACAGCUUAUGGUUCGACGGACCUGAGUUUCUCAAGAAUCCAGAAUCCGAGUGGCCGAUACGACUUGAGGGGAAGAUCAGUUAUCCGCAGGAGUUCAGGGAGCUGAUUUUGAAAGAGGUGGUCCUGAGUAAGGCAGCGAAAAAGAAGUUAAACGCGACCGCGGCGUUGGCAGUAGACACGACCGAUCAGGACGGGAAGGGAAGACCCUUCAUCCCGUACAAUAGAGUAAGUUCUCUGGCAAAGCUAACCACGGUGAUGGGGCUAGUGAUGAGGUGGUUCGUAAGAAAAUUACCGAACAAAGAGUGGGAGAGUCUGGUCAUGAGACAGUUGGCCAAAGCAAAAAGACAAUCACGUCAGACAAAGAUGCAUCGCGCGCACGUUCGUGAUUGCGAGGCAUUAUGAAGACGGAAAGUCGAGACUGAAUCUCAGUCUACCGACAAAUAUGAAUUUGGAGCCGGGGGAAGAAGGAGUGUAUCGGUAUCAUCGACAGCUGGACAACUCCAGAUUGUCAGCCGAUGCGAAGAACCCGAUCUUGAUCCUACGGGACCACGAACUGGCAACACUGAUAGCUCGAGAGGUUCACAGGAUGAAUAUGCACAUCCCGCAGACCUAUCUCAUCGCAGCCAUCAGACAAAAAUAUUGGAUACCACAAGUGGGAACACUUGUAAAACAGGUGAUUCGAAGGUGUUCCAGGUGCAGAAGACAGGUGGGGAGACCGUUCAGGUACUCCUAUUCCAAAACCCUGCCGUCGUGCAGAACCACACCGGUCGCUCCGUUUGCUCAUGUGGGAUUGGAUUAUUUCGGUCCAAUCACCUACAGAACGCUAAGAAACAAGGAGGAAAAAGCAUGGGUGAUGCUGAUUACGUGUUUGCUCACAAGGGCAGUUCACCUUGAGCUGGUCCUCGACAACUCGACGAUUUCGUAUUUGAUGGCGAUGUCGCGAUAUUUCGCUAGAAGGGGAGUACCCAAAUCCAUCGUAUGCGACAACGCCCCGUCAUUCAAACUGGGGAACGAAAUGAUCAACAAGGACAUCCGGGAUCGAAUCCACGGAAGUCAUGAGAUGACGGUGUUCCUCGCGACGAGAGAAAUCGAAAUCAGAAACAUAACACCCCUGUCACCAUGGAAAGGAGGUGUGUACGAGAGGGUGGUAGGCCUCGUAAAGAGACAGUUUUAUAAGACAGUGAACAGAUUCAAGUUAACCUACGUGGAACUUGAGUCGGUGAUGAUUCAAAUUGAAGGAACUCUCAACAAUCGGCCAAUAACUUCGACUUCGGCUGAUGAGAGAGAUCCAAUCGCCUUGAGACCAAUCGAUUUGUUGCUUCCGCAGGUCCAAAUAAGUAUUCCUCUGCAGACCCAGGAGUCGCAGGGAGCGACCACGGAGAAGGUGACGAGAGAGUAUUUGGCCGGACUCAACGGAGUAUUGAAAAAAAGUUGUGGGUGGAGUGGAGUCAAUUAUACUUGGUCAACCUGA